AUGCUGGUACAACAAGCCAUCCUUCCGCUGCUGCUCAGUACGGCAGCAGUAUCUGCGUCUGCAUCGUCUCAGAUACCUCUUGGAGAAGUAUCAGUAGGAGAGAAAGAAUCAAACCCCAAUGACACCGAACCCGAUGUUUCGCCCUUCGUCUUCACGUCCCUCCAGGGCCUGAUGCGACAAUGGCAGAAUGUCUUCGCACCCACGGGACACACAAUAAUCCCCGGUACUAUUCCUGCACACACCCUACUGUACCAUGCCAGGCGUGACAUGGAGACUCCGCCGAGUCCGGAGUGGUUCGCGUUCGAUAUUGAGAUGUCGUAUGGGAUUAUUGCGCCGUUUGGAGACUGCAUUAUGAAUACGUAUACCUCAACACGACCGAUUAAGGUGUUAUACUUCGACGGCAUGAGUGCUGCGCUGGGAGGUGAGGGAACGCUGGAUAGUCAGAAUGUGUUCCUGUAUGGGAAGGUUGUGGACGAUGAUUGGGGUCACAGGAUGGAGGGUGAUGAGCAUGGCCCAGGAGGCCCAGGAGGCCCAGGAAGACCUGGGGGACCGUUGUAUGGGGAGUAUAAACGGGGGAAGGAACUUUGCGAGUGGGCUAAUGGUCUGGGUGAAGGUGUGGUUGAGGGGUUCGUGAGGAUGAACUCAGGAUUUGAGCUACUUUGGUGUGAUUUCGAGUCUGAGUCUAUUGAGUUGGUAUCGAGACUCAACGUCACCGUGCCAACUUCCGAAAAAGUGACGGUCUUCGAGUUCGAGGAAAACUUCGAAGAGUUCGAGGAAGUUUCCGAAGAGUUCGAGGAAGUUUCCGAAGAGUUCGAUGACAGUGAGAGCGAAUAUGAACACCACUGUCCACCGCCGCCGCCUGAUCAUUGCCCGCCCCCGCAUAAACACGAAGGGGACCACCACCAUAACAGCCCGCCGCCGAGAGACGGGCAUAGGCGCCCACCACCUCGGGGAGAGCACCCACCGCCUCCAGAUUGCCAUCACGGGCCUCCAGACUGCCAUCAUCCGCCGCCAAGAGGCGGUCAUGGACCGCCAAAAGGAGAGCACCCACCUCCUCCAGAUUGUCACCAUGGUCCUUCAAGGGGAGAGCACCCAUCCCCACCUCCAGAAUGCCACCCACCACCACCAAAACAUGGUAAAAGACCACCAAAGGGAGAAUGUCCUCCUCCACCGCCUCCAGAUUGCCAUCAUAGUCCCCCAAGAGGAGAUCAUCCUCCCCCAGAUCACCAUGGUGGACAUGGACCGGAUAGAUGCCCACCGCCGCCACAUUGCUCGCAUAGAGACCAUCCGCCACAUGGACCGCCGAAGGGAAACUGCUCUCAUCCCCCACCUCCAGGCUGCCAUCAUCCGCACGGCCCACCGCCCUGGAGAGACUGGAAAUCAAUAAUCAGGAAGUUUUUGGGACGGUUCUUGCCUGGGCACGGACAUCACGGAGAUCAUGGGCACCACUCACCAUGCAAGCCUCCGCAUAAGGGAAAGCAUCCACAUUCUCCAUGCCAUAGACCACCACCUGGAAGACACCACCCACCUCCAGGCCAUGGCGGGGACCGACCAGGAUGCCACCACCCACCACCCCCACACCGUUGCCAUCCGCCACCGCCGCACCACUGCCCGCCGCACCACUGCCCGCCGCCCGACGGCGACAAGCCUCCACCAGAUCAUCCCCCACCUUACUACGGCGAGCCACCUAACGGUAGCCACCCUCACCAUCCUCCUGGCCAGCGCUCCCCCUUCGCCCUUGAAUCACGCUGGGAGUGGGUCCGCAGCGCAACAUGGCACUACACAAGCCCCGAGGGCCGCGUCAAGCUUGAUUACUGCCGCAUGACCUCCUACUACAAUGUCUCGCACCCCUCAGGUGUGAAGCGCUUUCAUAGACUUACAGCUAUUACGCCAGAGCAGGCAGAGGCCGUCAAGACGGAGGUUGUAAAUAACCUUCUUAACAAGGACGUAUACUGUACGGGUAUUGAUUGGAGGGAGCUUGCGGACGGUAUUGCAAGACGAUACUUAGAGAGGAUCAUAGAACUGCGGGAACUGUUACUCAUGAGGCCGACCCCAGAAAUGUCCAAGAAAGCGCGCGGGCUAAGCCAUGCGAUUAUCAUGCCCUUCCUACAAGUCAGUGAUGAGAGCACGGAAGCGGCCAUGGAGCGGUGUGUGAAGGAGUAUACAGGCCGCAUUGACCUCUCCCGCAUCGGCAACUCGGAAAGGAUGCUGGUUGGUGCCGUAGAGGGCGUCAUGCAGGGCAUCUGUAAGCUUGCUUUCGGUGUCUACGAGGACUUCUCUGGUUCCAUUGACAAAGAGAUUGUAGUGAAGGCCAGAGAGAACAUAGAAGAGCUGGUAGCCUGGGUAGACUGGGCGGGCUGGCACAGGUGUGAAGAGUCCUGUGGAUGGAAUGAGGUAUGCGCGGUACCAUUGUGGCCAAUUCUGGGGACGCCCUGGAGGAAGGGUGCGGAUGACGAAUUGUUGGCCAGGCCUAGAUGCGUGAGCAUUGAGUUCAUGGAGACGGGUAAUGGAGGGUGGGGGCCAGGAAGGCCACCGGAUUAA